UCAACCCCCACCACAGUGUACCGCGUAGAACAUGCUAGGUGGACAAUAUUAUUUUAUAAUAUUUAACGAUGCUUUUAUAUAUAAGUAGUCAUAUUGAGGUAUUAUUAAUAAUUUUUGGUAUGAUUUUGUAAUAAAAAACAAAAUAUAUAUAUAUGAAAACAAAAAUAAUAUAUUUAGAAAUAAUAAACUAACAAUAAAAUUGCAUUAAAUAAAUAAAUGCCUACUAUACAAAUUAACUUAACCUAAACCUAAUCAUCAGAAUCAUCAUCAAAAUCUUCUGGUGAAUCGUCAUCAUUUUGUGGCAAUGUGCGACAAUAUGAUGACGUUUCCGGUCUUGAUGCUACUAUGGUCGGGCUUACAAUUAACUUUAAUACCUCUCUGCACAUAUUUUUUCCGGCUUUUUUUGGGGAAUCUCACGAAGGCUAUUGAUCAAAGGGUCAGAUGUUAUUAUUAACAUGGAGAGCAAGUCUCUAUUCGUAGCAACACGUGAGCACUUGCGGGUGUUGUACUCCCUAAAUCUGCGGCAAUCUUUGUUACGUGCUUCUUGAGCCUCUUCGGAAAGCUGCCCAAUUGGAAGCAAUGCCGCUUUGAUGACCUCAGUACUGUGUACUAAUAUUUUAUGUACAGUAGCAGGCAUAUAGUACCACGAAUAGAGACUAAAGUAAUGUCUUCUAGUUUCAAGACAAAAUUCAUUAAAUUCAACCAAGUUUAUUUCGAACCCAGAAGACAAUGUCCUCAAAAUAACAUCAAACUGUUUGAUAAUAGUAACAUCUAACCCUGUGAUUUGAGCGCUCAUCUCAGCAUUCUUAAAAAAGCGACGUCAAAAAAUGCUACUUAUGGCGGAUUGUGUGAACUAAUAGCAGCAGGAUUAAUAUUCCCAUUUAAGUUUGAAGUUUAUAGAAACGGUCUCAUAUAUACGGAAUCUGGAUCUAAUUUGUGGCCCCAGGUUAAUAUUCUUAAGCUCUCUAAAAAUAUGAGAGCACAUUUGGGCGGGGAUGAGUCUGCUGGUAGAUUUUCAGAUCUCCUUCUUAAAAUCGGUAAUGGUGAUUUUCCAUCGUUUGAUGGCAUGUUAACCAUCCCGGAAGAAUUGUGCACAGUUGUUACUACGGUUCAAGAAUUGCUGUCUAAAGUUUAUCCAGACAUUAUUCAUAUACAUGACAAGCCUAUUGAAUGGUUAUGUGAGCGUGCCAUACUUACUCCAAAGAACGAUCAAGCAGCAGCUAUCAACGAUAUCCUGCUCAUGUCGUUUGAGGGCGAAGAAAAGGUCUAUACUUCGAUUGAUACUGUAGUUAAUACGGAUGACGCUACUAAUUACCCUGUAGAAUUUUUAAAUUCAUUGAAACCGCCAGGUUUGCCUUAUCAUAAGCUUAUUCUGCGCGUGGGUACUCCAAUUAUGUUGUUGCGAAAUUUAAAACCACCAAAACUUUGUAACGGUACGAGACUGCAAGUGAAAGCGUUACAUCGCAAUAUAGUGGAAGCCACUAUAUUAACUGGGUGUGCAACAGGGGAAACUGUAUUUAUACCACGAAUCCCAUUAAUACCUAACGAUAUCCCGUUCGAAUUUAAACGAUUACAGUUUCCCCUAAAAGUCUGCUUUGCCAUGACAAUAAAUAAGUCUCAGGGGCAAACUCUCAAAUUUGCGGGUAUUGACUUGAGAGAACAUUGCUUCUCUCAUGGACACAAAGUUCUAGCACUCCUGAUUACCACACCCAAGGUUAUUUUAGUAGGCCACAUCAUCUUGACUCUACACCAGCAGUAGAAGGUUCGCCAUCAGUAGAAUCUACAGUGAGCCAGGAGUCAGACUUCCCAGAUCUAAGUAAUUUUUAAAAUAAGUGUUUGUUUUUGUAAGCCUUUGUAAUUUAAAGUUUUAAUUAAUAAUUACAGAAAUUAAAGUUCCUAUCUUAAAAAUAUCGCUAGAUUUACUUCAGGGCACAAGCUUUUUCUCCAGGUAGUGUCUUUCUUUUUUAAAUCCUUUUCUAAUCGUUUAAGAAGGUCAAAAGUAGACGUCGUCAUUCGGAAGUAAGCAAAAAAUUUAGAUUCGUCUUCUUUUAGCUGACGCACAAAAGCAGCACCUCUACAUCUUUCCCUUAAUAAUGGAUGGAUCCAAUAACGCCGGGGCUUCCUCAAACGCAGACGACGAUAGUACCAAUACAACACGACAACGUCCAUCCUCGUAGAAAAGUGGACGAACACUAAAGAACGAAAGUGCAGCGUAUCUCUAGUAGCGACGUAUCCGUUAAAAAGGAUCCUGUAAAUGCUGUGUGAAUACUAUCUCCAGUAGCGACAAAUCCGUUAAGAAGGAUCCUGUAAAAAUAGACGUUCUAUGUGAACUCGCCCUGAAUCACCUCCAGUAGCAACGGAUCCGUUAAAAAGGAUCCUAUAAAUGCUGUGUGAAUACUAUCUCGAUUACUAUCUCGACGGAUUCGUUAAAACAUUAAACUGUUAAAACGGUCGUUAUAUGUGAACGCGCCCUAAGACUUGCAUGCGUGAUUUAUGUAGAUCAGAAGUUGAUUUGCAAUCUUUCAAUUAUGAAAUUGAUUAUACAAAAAAAUCAUUAUUUCUCCCCGCAAUAAUUUACAUAAUUUAAUGCCAGAUAUUUAUCAUUUGAUUGUAGCAUGCUUACGUGAUUGCCCAGAAUCAAAUGUAUUAUAUGUAAGUAUAUAAAAAAAAAUAAGUUUAUGAUUAAUUGUGCAUGUGAUUAUAAUAUAAUAACCUGUAUGAAACACAAAGAGUUGUUGAUUAAAUUUAUUAACAAUCUUGCAAUCAAGUUGAUUAUACACAGUUGGUGUACAGGGGUAAACAGAAUUUUAAAGGGCAAAAUAAUGAAAUUCGAUAAGAAUGACCAUGACAUACAACAAACGUAUAAUUAUACUAUAAAAAGAAACCAAUAAAUAAUUAAAUCAAUUACGUUGUUUUAUUUAAAAUUAGUACCAGUAUAAUAUUAAAUUACUUUGAGACUAAUGAAAAAGUUUACUUUGAACUAUCAGUGGAAAAAAGCCGUUUUUCGACACAGAGCUAUUAUAGAAGAAGACUCCAAUUAUACAGAUGUUCCGGAUAUAUCAGCGAUGGAUUAUUUUUAUAAUUUUUUUCGCCAGACAUUCUAACAGAUAUCGUAGAGCAAACAAAUUCUUACUCAAUAGGAAACACUGGACGUUCACUUGGUUUGACGGAAGAUGAGCUUCGCGAUUUUCUAGCCAUACAUAUUAUAAUGGGGGUCGUGAAUAUGCCAGCAUAUACGGACUUUUGGAGUUUACGAUACAGGUAUAACUUAGUAGCAGAUUUGAUGACACUAAAACGAUAUCAACAAAUACGUCGCAAUUUGCACUUCGUUGACAAUAAUAUACAGGAUUCCGACCGAUAUUACAAAGUGAGGCCAUUUGUGCAGAAAGUAAGACAAAAUUGUCUAGCACAGGAAAAUGAACGGAAGUUUAGUAUAGACGAGAUGAUGAUUCCGUAUAAAGGAACCAAAGCUGGAAAACGCCGUCAAUAUAUGAAGGACAAACCCAACAAGUGGGGUUUCAAAAAUUAUGUCCGCGCCGGAGUCUCAGGCAUGGUAUAUGAUUUUCUUCUUUAUGGUGGCGAAGAUACAUUCAGAUUUUACACGUUUUCAGAUAAGGAAGCUUCUAUAGGUUUCGGAGGACGAAUUGUAAUCGCUUUAUGUCAAAGCAUAAAAUUCAAACCGGCUUUUGUUUUCUGUGACAAUUUUUUUUCCUGCCCUGAGCUGUUUUACAUUCUACGCGAAGAAUACGGUAUAUUUGGUUUGGGGACUAUAAGAAACAAUAGACUUAGAGGAGCAGAAAAAGUGUUGCCUUCAGAGAAAGAGAUGAAAAAGAAGCCUAGAGGAAGUUAUUCACAAGUAGUGUGCAACAAAAAUAGAUUAUCGGUAGUGAGAUGGAACGAUAACAAACCUGUUACCCUAAUUAGUUCAUAUGUAGGCGUAGAACCUGUCGAAAAAAUGAAAAGAUACUGUAAGGAGACAAAAAGCAAAAUCGAUGUCGACUGUCCCCAAAUAGUCAAGGAGUAUAAUAAACAUAUGGGGGGAGUCGACUUAGCCGACAUGCUUAUAUCUCUCUAUAAAACACAAUUUAAAAGUAGGCGUUGGUACAUAGGUUUUUUUGUUCAAAUACUUGACAUAUGCAUAAAUAAUGCCUGGCUUUUAUAUAGGCGGGAUCAAGCUCAAUCAAGCAAGCAAUAUAUACCUCUAAAAGAUUUUAGGUACGAAAUAUACGAAGGCCUGAAAAAAUUUGGUCGUGCUGAUAAAAAUGACAAAGCCAGAAAAGGUGUGCCAUCAGCUAACCCAGUGGAAUCGUUACGAUACGAUGCCAUUGGUCAUUUUAUGAUAAUGACCACUCAAGGCAGGUGCAAGCUAUGUCAGAAGCUUACCACUGUAUUGUGCAUGAAAUGCAAAGUGCGGCUAUGUUUCGUAACAGGGAAGAAUCCCAGAAACUGUCAAUUAGAUUACCAUGUAAAGGCGUAAAUUAGUCAUUUCAGUUCAAUAAACGUUUAUACUAUUAUUAUCUUUUGUAUUUUUUUUGCUAUUCCUGCUCCUGGAUAAACUCCCGUCGAAAUUUCAUAAGUUUUAGGACUCACUUCCGUCGGUAUUUCAUUAGUCACUGCACUUGGCAAUGUAUAUCCCAGCAUACACGACUUUGAUCCCUUGGUUUUCUAUUCACUUGGCAAUGUAUGCUGUGUCAUACAUGAGUUUUCAGGAAAACUGAAACGUAAAGAUAUUUUUUCGUAUUUUUUUGUAAUGCCUUAAAACGUCUUAAACCCGAUUUCAAUAAAAAAAAAUCGGUUUAUGUAAAAAAAAAAUUCUGCCAAAUUAAGGGUUAAAGAUUCUUUUUUAGCUCUUAUUCCAUUAGAAGAAGCUAAUGCAGCAACCUUGUUUGAACACAUUGUAAACUUUUUUAGAAGCAAUAAUAUUCCAUUUAAAAAUAAUCUAAUAGGUUUUGCAUCUGAUGGGGCAAACGUAAUGAUGGGACGUAAUAAUUCUGUUGUAACGUUGCUGCAAAAUUAAAUUCCCAACAUUUUUAUACUUAAAUGCGCCUGCCAUUCGUUUCAUCUUUGCGCGUCAUAUGCUUGUGCCAAAUUGCCACGCUUUAUAGAGGAUUUUGUAAGAGACAUUUACAAUUACUUUUCUUCUAGUCCAAAAAGAGUGGCAGAGUUUAAAAACUUCCAAAUGUUUUGCGACUUAACACUACAUAAAAUACUCCACCCCUCUCAAACACGCUGGAACAACUCUUUGCUCUAAAACUAUUUUUUAUAGAUCAAAUCUCUAACAAUGAUCAUCUUUUAGCUGCAG